UACGAAACGCGUAAACAUUAAACACCAUGACAGUCUGACUCAUUUUCGAAAUUGUUUUAUAAAUUAACAUUAAAGUGCCUUUAAAUAAUCAUGACAACGAUUAAGCAAACUACGAUCAAAGCCAUAAUCUGCCUUAUAUUCGCCACAAAUAUUUUCACAGUUAAUGCUGUCCGUUGUUAUCAAUGCAGUUCAAACCGAGACCCAAAAGGAGAAGACAGCUGUGGCGCUUACAAAAAAUUUGAUAAAACCCACCAUAUAGCUGUCGAAUGUAACACUGAAGACAGUCAUAUGCCAGGUUCAUUUUGUAUGAAACUGACACAACAAAGUCCUAGGGGAUUUAUUUGGGAUGGUCGCUGGAGACAAGUAAUCAGAAGGUGUGCCUCUGUUGCAGAUACUGGAGUUACGGGUGUCUGCAAUUGGGGUGUUUAUGAAAAUGGGGUUUAUUGGGAAGAAUGUUACUGUUCAGCAGAUGAAUGUAAUGGUAGUACUAGAUUAAAAACCUCACUAGUAUUAUUAUCGGCGGUAUUUGUUAUUUUUAGUUUUAGAAUUGUUUAAUUUUUAGUCAAUUGUACGUUUACUGAGAAUCUCUUUAAUCCGUCCAAUGUACAAUUUGUUUUCUAUAUAUUUUUUUUAUCAUUCCAUCCAAGAUGUUAAUUACUUAGUUAUAUUUUUUAAAAACUUAUGUAAUAAAAUAAAACUGAACGAAGUUUUA